UUCGCACCGCGGCAUAACUGAAUCGGAAUUUGCGUUAACAGGGACUUGGAAUAAGUUUAUGUGUACUUGUCUUCAUGGAAACGACACCUGUCUACGCAAUCUUGCUUGGAUACCGUUUCUACGACUAAGGCCUUGCUAUGCCGCAUGUGGGAGAACAGUAAUUGUUGCAGUUGCUAGGCCUUGUUCGCCAAGUCAAAUUUUAGCAGGAAUAUUGUGAAGCAAUUUCAUAGCUAUAUCGGAUAUUCGAUUAUAAUACAUCGCAGAUGGACGUAUUGACUGACUGGGGACCACGACCAUAUUCCUCUGGACCGAAACAAAAUAUGGAUAAGUCGCCAUGGGAUCUAUUCGGGAAGAACUUCAGCGGUAAUCCAUUCGGGGGCUCAGGGAACCCCUUCGGAGGAUCAAGCAACCCGUUCGCAAAUCCGUUCGGGGAGACGAGCGCCAGCGAAAGUAACAAGAGUGCGGCGGAUAAUGAGGCAAACCUCUAUCUUCAGAUUGCACAACACUUCUUAAAGAAGAAUGGAAACAAGGGGUCUAAGACGCCUACAUCGGAAGAAAGAUGCCAGAUCGGGGAACUCGUGGGCAUCUACUUAAUGAACGCAAAUGCAUCGAACUCGAACUGCACGCUGCCAGAGACCCACAGACCACUCAUAGCGGACAUCGGCGAACAGUUUUACGCCUACGUCACCCCGAUCAUCAUCGUCAUUGGCCUCAUUGGUAACUCUAUAUCCCUCAAUGUGUUCACCUCUAAGGGCAUGCGGAAACAAAGUGCGAGUUAUUACCUAGCAGCGCUAUCUACCGCGGAUUUAUUGGUACUAGUCGUGUAUGUUCUCUUCGAAUGGAUUCGAAAAGGAUUACGUCUGCUACCUGGGCAUUUGGAGAUACCGUUUACUGACGUCACAGGGGUGUGUCACGUGUUUUUGUAUCUGUCAUACGUUUUCCGGUUCCUGUCUGUGUGGCUGCUAGUGAUUUUCACAUUCGAGCGAUAUAUCGGCGUAUGUCAUCCGCUAAAGAGGCGAAAGUUAUGUACAAAGGCAAGCGCGAGGAGGAUAAUAUUAGGUCUUGUUUUGACCGCGAUGGCGCUCCCUAUUUACAAACCUGCCUUAAGUGAAGUGCGCCUUAUAAACAAGGAACAAGGCAUCUAUCGCUGUACUGAGAAACCUGAAUAUAGCUUCCUCUCAUUCUGCUUGGACGCAUCCUUUGGUUUAUCCAUUACCCUCAUUCCUUUUCUCGUGGUGCUAAGCCUUAACACGCUUAUUGUACGGAAACUAUUCUUGAGAAAACGCCAACAAAAGCUUAACGGAUUUCUCAAACAGGAGAACAAAAUCCGCAUCGAAUUCACGGUGAUUUUAUUAUCCAUUUCCACCUGUUUUAUUCUGCUUAAUCUUCCUUAUUUCGUGUUCUGGUGCUACAACAACUACUGCAAGUAUAACACCUUCAAUGACAGUACGGUGGAGCCUGUCGACUAUGACUCGUUAGUGGGCAUCCUGCAUCUUGUGAAAGCGAUCUUCUACAUCAACUACUGCAUCAAUUUCUUCCUCUACAGCAUCACCGGCGCCUACUUCCGUAAAGAAAUGAAGAUGGUGUUUAGUUACAAGUUCCGCCGCAACACUGAGACGCGCAUGAGUCGCUCUCUGACGUCACACACGCCUCAAUCGUGGGUUUGACAGGAACCGUUUCGCCAUAGGGCAGCACACAUAAUGCUAGACACCUUAUGAAAAAGGCCUAAGCCUAUGGUAGAGCGGAAAUAUUCUCGAAUGAACAGAAAUUGCAUCUAACAAACAGGAACACCAGACCGGAAAUCCUUUGCAGCGCAUGAAUACUUUCAUGCACAUUUUCUUGUCCUGUCAUAUUUUUGUAUUCGAUCGGAUUUGCAGGAAAAAAAUUCGGAUCUAACGUCCUUAAGCUAGCUAGAGCAGUCAUAUAUUUUUAUCUUACGAAUUUGCAGGAAUAGUAGAUUUACAAUCGUUGAUCAGGAUUAAGUACGAAUUUAGCUAAUGACGUACCUGAUGGUGGCCGUCGCGCUUGUUCAUUGCGUUUUUUUGCCCCACCUCGUGGUUAAAAGAAUAUAGGUCAAGCCAAAUGCACUGUCUGUUGUCUUUAAACAAAGCCUGCUCACAGCUAGACCGAUAUUCCCAUUAUUUCACAGUCUUGUCAAAGGAUUACCAUGGUAAAUCUUGAUAACAUUGAUUCCAACGAAACAGCAUUCAUUUGGGGAAGAUAAGCCAAAUAAAAUGGGAUUGGCAAAUAAACAUGAUGUACAUAUUCUGGAUAUAUAGGAUUAACCUUCACCUAAUUAAGCUGCCUGUUAACAGUUUGAAGCUAAGUCAGGGUCUUGCGCUUUCCCCCAUGUGAUACUGAUCAGGCCAGUAAAAGGGUACCCGUCGCAUUAAUUACUAUGGUAACCUAACCCAAGGCAGGACUAGAAGCAUCUCCAGUGUUGUCUUUGGAUAGUUCUCUCACGAGGAUAAAUUUAAAGGUGAACGGAUACACAAAACUAAGCAUGUGUUGUCGAAAUGGUGUGAUUAUUGUUACGUAGAAAUACAAUAUGUGGAUUGAUUUCUUGGUUGGAUAUGGCCAUAUUGGAUACAACACACACACGGGAGUA